GCAUCAUUAUUUUCUGAAAAGAGUCGUGAGUGAGACUGAGGCUGAGCCAUGACAGUAGAAGAUCUAAGUACUUUAGAUUCGAAGCAAGAACUUUGUUCUUGAACCAAGUUGUAGUGAGAGAUAAAACGCUUGUCGAAAAAAUGCGACCGUUCGCAACCAUUUUCCGAGUUACCAGUGCCCUCCAACUGUGGUUUCCCAUCCCUAGGGCCUCCAAGCGUGGUGAGCUGCUCCAAGAGCACCAAGCGCGACACACACGACAACCUCCAGAAGCUCUACUUUCUUCGCCACUUCUUCCGCGUCAACAUCCUGGAAAUGGACUGCUAGAAGAUCAUGUCGAUGAUGAUGUUGACCAAGCACUCGUCGGACGAGGACACGGACUCCAACGAGCUGGUACCCGCCAAGAAGUACAACAAGAACAAAAUGCGCUCUCACCUCACUACUCGCCAGUCUCCACCGAACCUCGUCCCCUACCUUCCGGCUCAGCGCUCACUUCUCUCCGCAUUUUCCAAAUAUCGGUGACCAUUUUGCUGUUCGUUUUGGCGAUGGGCAGUGCCGUAUUUCGGAUUCGGUAUGCCGAAAGGGUGUGCAAAGAAAGCUUUAUCACGUUGGCCAACGUGUGUGCCGCAGGGAUGUUUUUAGGGAUGAGUAUGAACCAUCUCCUACCAGAAGCCUUCGAGCUGGCACCCGAAUUGGAGAAUCCAAAGCUGAACGUGGUGGGCGUGGGCGCGUUUUGUUAUGGAGGCGUGGUAGGGGGCACUGGAAAAGAAAUACAAGAUAUUCUAUUUCUUACUUAUUCGAAAUUCCGAUUUAUUCAAAUCAGUGCCUUCGAGAAGGUUGAAACUGAUGUUGAGCAGAAGGUUUUAUGAGGACGAAAAAAUUGGGAGGUGUAGGUGUUGGCAUUAAUAUCAUAUUCUCUCAUCUCUAACUCUCCGGGUAUAUGCUAAUCCUGUUCUGUGAACGCGUCGUUGGUGCGAAUCCUAGCUCGAAUAAGGAAGCCGCGGACAGCCUCAAAAGAAAAGUCUCGGCAAAAUGUUGCGUCAUCCAUGAGUAUUGCAGUGACGCCGGUUGUAGAAGAAGGACAUCCCUAUCUCGAGCACAAGGGAAUCUACUUGAAGCCUCAGAGGACCUCGUUCUAGCUGAAGGCGCUGUCCUCGUUGCGCCUAGUUGUAGCGGCGCCAUCGUCAAAGACUUGUCUUCUGGCAAAGAAGAUCCAGCGAGUACAAGCUCAAGAGCAUUAUUCGGCUCCUCAGGUUGUGACUCCAGUACCUCACCCGGUGGUGGAACCGGAGCUGCAUGCAGCUCAAGCUCAUCAAGAAGUACCUGUUUAACUUCUGAAGAGGCUGCAUUGGCCCAGAAACGAGUCUCCACUGGAGAGGGGGAUGACGCACUAGUCGUCGGUGACGCGGUAGUUAAAGUAGAUGUUGGAGGAACAACGAUACAAGCUGGAGACGAUUGUUGUGGUCAUGCCCAUGGCGAUUCUAGUGGUCAUGCUCAUGGCGAUUGUUGUGGUCAUGAUCAUGGUCUUGGACACGGUUGUCAUCAUUCUCAUGGUCAUCAUGGACAUGGCGCCUCUCGUUCUAGCGAUGCGUCCCACGGACACUUAUUUUCUGGGGAGGACCAUGGAAACCAUGACCAUUACAGCACCGGUUUGCAGCAAGGAGGCAAAGGCGCGUACAUCAUGAUGCUGGCGUUGUCGGUUCACUCAGUUUUUGAAGGCAUCGUAAUUGGCAUUAGCCGCUCAAUUGAAAGCGCAAUGAUGGUGGCUUUGUGUGUUAUGAUCCAGAUACAGAUUGUUGUUGAAACUACUGAAAAGUGAAGAAAAAAGUACUGGAAGAACUGGGACAGGUUCAGUUGUCAUCAAACUUGACCAAGUUCAGUUGUCAAUCGACGACCAGAACUCUCCAAUUCGUGAGCCUCUAUCUUUUUAGAGCUAGAGUUACCUCUUACCAACUCGUGUUAGAGCCAGAGUUACCUCUUACCAACUCGUGAACCUCUAAAAAACUCGUCUGUCACAAAUGGGCAGCAGCGUUCGCGAUCGGAACCGCGUUUGCUACGGCAAAAAUACCAGAGAAAAAAGCAUAUGGCUACCUGAGCAUCUUCGCACUCUCAAGUCCUGUAGGAAUACUGCUGGGAAUGGGGAUUAGCGCGAUCGAGUUGGAGGCAUUGCAGGUACUCUGACUCUGAUGUGCCAUGUAAACACUCCUAGUUCCUUCCAUUCAAUAAACAGGGACAACAUGCCUCGGUUGGACUCAGCUCUAUUGUGCUAAUACUGAAACUUCUGAUCCUGAUGCUAUCAUUUAUGACACGGCAUCCCACUACCACUACGACUACCACCACAUCAGGGCUGCGUGAACGCUGUCGCAGCAGGCACGCUGCUUUACAUUGGAAUGUCAGAGAUUAUCACUGAAGAAUUCGUGAUGACAACGAAUCCAGGUCAGAAGUUCAUCUCCCUAUCAAUCGGCUACGCCUUCAUUUUGCUCGUACAAAUGCUUGAUACGGACUGAGCAGAGGCGAACGCAAGUUCCUUCAGAGCUUGUUUAGUGACUUCGUCUGAAAUUAAGCGUAAGCUGCAAUACACGACGAACAACAUACUGCUUGUUGAGAAAGAUUAUGUUCGACCAAGAUCCAUCACAGCAUACACGAGGGCAACUCCAACAACGGAAAUGACACGCCUGUUGGUUUUACUCUAAUAUAACAUAGGGCAGGGGAGCGUUAGUCGUAGUUUCCGUAGUUUUUCUUUAGCCUUGAUUUUUUGAGCUUAGGAGUGUAGACUGAUACAACUGAAUAGAUCUUUCCUCAAAUAAUGUUCUACGUUCUAGUGUUCGGUCGUUUCACAUAUUGUAUGCAAAUGAGUUGUUGGUCACCACGAAGACAUUGUUACACGUUGAAUGAGAUCUGGCGACCAGUAGAUGAUAUGACACAGCAUGAUCGCAAAGACGAUGCUACGGCUCUCAUUUACGCGAGAGCGAC